UAAAUAAUUGAGGUCAUAAACAUGGUGGCAACAGGAUCUGAAAUUUAGUUGCAAAUUUGUUGGUGCGGUGCGUGCGUUGUUUUCCUUGCAACAACAAAAUUAGUAUUGACAAAGGGGAAAAGGUAGUAAAAUCCAGCAAGGCGGUUUGUUGUGUUUUGUUUCGCCCUUUUUUUAGUUUCGUUACAAACUACCAAUAUGUCGAGUGACAGGUAUUAAACCAGGUGCGAGGUUAUACAACGGAUUUUAUCGCUGGUGCAGUAAUUGUGUUUCCCCACGAACGUAAAGAUAUGACGACUACUACGACUUUAUCCAGCACCACGCUGGGCGGAAUUGCUGUCACACUGGCAGUGAAUGCCUCAACAUUGGCAGCCUCCCUGGAGCAGCCAGCAGGAGUCAAAGCCGAACCCUCCGAGCCCAUCUUCUUGCAGACGAAAUUGGCGCAGGGAAUCGCCGGUGUCUUCGUUUGGGCCGCCCUCUUCCUCACAUGCCAACAGAUUUAUCAUCACUUGAGGUGGUACACAAAUCCAGCAGAGCAGAGAUGGAUCGUGCGAAUACUUUUCAUCGUCCCAAUAUACGGCACAUACUCUUGGCUGAGUCUGCUGUUCUUCAACUCUGAAAGCUACUACGUGUACUUCUUCACCGUGAGGGACUGCUACGAAGCAUUCGUAAUAUACAAUUUCCUAUCGCUCUGCUAUGAGUAUCUUGGCGGAGAAGGCAACAUCAUGUCGGAAAUUCGUGGUAAGCCGAUCCGAUCGAGCUGCAUGUACGGCACGUGCUGCCUGACCGGAAAGACCUACACCAUCGGUUUCCUGAGGUUCUGCAAGCAGGCCACCCUGCAGUUCUGUCUGGUGAAACCGUUGAUGGCCUUCGUCAUCAUCUUCCUGCAAGCUUUCGGACAUUAUCACGACGGUGACUGGAGCCCGGACGGUGGAUACAUCUACACGACCAUCAUCUACAAUAUUUCUAUUUCUCUCGCCCUCUACGGCCUGUUCCUGUUCUAUUUCGCGACGAGGGACUUGCUGACGCCUUUCGAGCCGGUGCUCAAGUUCUGCACGGUGAAGUCGGUGAUUUUCCUGUCCUUCUGGCAAGGCGUAGGGCUUGCGAUGCUCGAAAAGGCCGAGCUCAUCUCGCCGAUAAUUGACAGCAACGGUACCCGCACCUCCGCUGGUACCGUCUCCGCUGGAUACCAGAAUUUCCUCAUCUGCAUCGAGAUGUUCUGCGCUGCGAUCGCCUUGCGUUACGCCUUCCCCCAUAGGGUUUACGUCCAGGGUUGCAUCACCGAUUCCCACGGACGGUCCGUAACGAUGCAGAGUAUUUCCAGCAGUCUGAAGGAAACCAUGAAUCCUAGAGAUAUAAUGACUGAUGCUAUACACAAUUUCCAUCCACAGUAUCAACAGUACACGCAGUACAGUUCAGAGGUCGUCACGAAUCUCCCUUACGAGAAGCUGUGAAAGAAUCAGUUUAAACACUAGAGUUAAUAAGUGCUAAUUGUUUCCUCAUGUAUUAAUAUAUAUAAAAAAAGAAAUCAAACAGAACAGUCAUUUGCACAUUUAGGGAAGACGAAGAAAAAAAGUAUAUAUUUAUAUCAUUCGUUGUUUACUAGUGUUAGGCGCAAGUCGCAUGAGCUUGUGGUAUUAAAAAAAUAAAAUAAAAUUUGCAUGCUGCAUUGUCAAUCGCUACGCAAAAAAAAAGUAACGCACCGCAGACUAAAAAAUGUAUAAAAGAAUUGUGAGUUUGUCGGAGAGAGAAAACUAUCAUUGAUUGAUAUGUUCAACUCAGGGGUUCAUUUUUUUUUGUUUUUUUUUUGAUUUAGCGAUGGAUGAUGAGAACGUACUCGUUAUUUCGAGUUCGUACGGUGUUUCCAAAUUAUUAUUUUCAUUUUCAUGAUUCUAAACAAUAUCAAUAUUAUUAUGUUUUAUUUUAUGUGAUACAAUUAGUUAGGUAUAUUUUUAUUUUUUAUUACAACUAGUAGCUUAGCGUUUGUUUAUUCAAGUUUAGACCAUCACAGGUUGUGAUAUCGUUGGAACAACCCAAUUAUCAACAUUGGCAUGUACAUUAUUAUGAUUAUAACAAUUGCAUUGAUUUGACAUAUAAUAAAUAUAU